GUGUUGGAGCAGUGAUGUUCCAGCCUCCGCGUGUGCGUGUGCUUGUGCGUGUGUGUGUGUGUCCUCUCCUCCCUCCCUCAGUCAGUCAGUGAAUCUGUCGCUUUAAGACAACGGUAGCUUUGUGUCUGAUUAAUUCAAUGUACAGGCGACGCGUUAGUGGAGAAACCUGGUUAGAGGAAGCCGGAGGAGACUGAGCCGCCGCACAACAUCUGGAUUUACGCACUAAUAACACCUGGAGCUGCUGGUUUAUGAUCAUUAUUAUUAGCCUAAUGAACAGUGGGGGUGUUUUGUUUUUUUUUUUAAAGAUGAAGACAUGUUGAGGAUGGAUUGUUUGGAGUAAAAGUCUGCAUCACCGCGCGAUAGGAGGAUUUUUCUAUCCAUCAGCUGGAGUAAAAAAAAAAAACAUCCGCUCACAGGAGGAGGAGAGAAGAUCAUGUCAUCAGAAAAACACGGUCUCGAUGACUCUGGCCGUCAGACCAUGCAGCCUCCUCCGUACCUCUCCGGCCCGCAGGACCCCAACGUACCCCAACACCCCAACAUGCCUCCUGCGCCGGGCACCCAGCCCAGCUACCCUCCGCCACCCCCUCCCCCGGGCUCAGAGGGCUACCUCCAGGAAACUCAGUUCCACUGCGGCCCGAUGGGGCCUCCCGGGGCCCCGCAGGGCUACACCGUCCAGACCCAGGGACCCGGAGGCCCCAUGUCUCACCCGCCCGUCGGAUACCUCCACCCGGGUUACCCACUGCAGCUGCAGCCGUGCACGGCUUAUGUACCCAUCUACCCAAUGGCAUCGGGUCAGCCCUACAUGCCAGCAGGAGGAGCCCACCCAGGAAUCCCACCGGGCCAGCUUCAUCCCAUGCAAAUGCCGCCCAGCAUCACUCUAAUGGACCGCCGGCCGCCCCACGACUACCUGCCCAUCGCCGUGCUCACCACCGUCUGCUGCUUCUGGCCGACAGGCAUCAUCGCGAUCAUCAAAGCUGUGCAGGUGCGUACGGCGAUAGCCCGAGGGGACAUGGUGACGGCGGAGAUAGCCUCGCGAGAGGCGCGCAACUUCUCCUUCAUCAGCCUGGCCGUGGGCAUCGCCUCCAUCGUGCUGUGCACCAUCCUCACCGUGGUGGUCAUCAUCGCCUCGCAGCACCACGACGACGACUGGGAGCCGUAGAGGGGGAAUUGUGGCAUAAAAUUAGCUAUAGCUGACUACUCUUAAUUGUCUGGUGGAAUAUAGGAGCUGUGAAAAAUGCACUCAAACUGCUAAAGCUUCGCUGGCCCUCUGUGUACAGCCACACACACACACACACACACACACACACACACACACACACAUGCACACACACACAUAGCUCUGACUUAACCUGCUGCCGUCAAACACACACCAAACGACCAAAAAAAAAACCCCACAACCAAUCACAGUUGACAUUCAAACCAAACACAAGCAGCUGUCAGCCGAGGCCCAUAUUCUGUGCAGCCGCUCAGUAUUCACACUCUGACACGAGCUGCAGGAGGGAAACGAAGCUCCUUGUGUUAACAGUUCAUUUGAUGCUAUUUGAUUUAUAGGGCCUGGUGUAAGUAAGACGAGCGGGACAGGCCACUGCGUGUUUCUGCCCUAAACCUCGACAGAAGAAGACGCCACAUUCAAAGAGGUGUUUUAAGGAUAAAUACACACAAGUAACUACACAUGUUUUCCUCUUAAAAAACACAAAAAAAAAGUGCCAUGUUGAAGUAGUGUUGUUUUUUCCCGAGUAGUGUUAUUGUCGCUGAUACAACUAGAGACUGUCAAAUGGAUUUAAAGUGUCAGCCGGGCUGAUCAAUACACAUUCAACACAACAAAUGGACUCGCAAAGUGACUCGCUGACCACACACAGUAUUUAUUUUGCAUUUGUCGUCUGUGUGGACAUUUAAGCUGGAUGAUAUCAUGCAUAACUUAUGACUUCUGUGUCUGUUAAUUUAUUUAAAAGCUUUUUAUUUAUUAACUUAUUCAAUAUCUACCCGCACACUGACGUUUCUCUGCAGCUACAUGUUUGAUUUGGCUUAGAUUUGAUAUCUUAUGAUGUUGAUGUUGCACUUUAUAGUAACCGAGAUGACAUAGCUGCUUAGAUUCAUAGCUCUCAUAGUGCAUGAUCAAUAUAAAUUUAGGCUAAUGGGCUUUCGGUGCAAAAGAAAAAAAAAGAAAAAGCUUGUCUCCCGGCUGCUGUUGUUGGGAAUAUUUCUUAAAAGUUUCUAUUAGUGUGUGGUACAGUAUUUUUCAAAGUGUUGAACUUUCAAAAGGAGAAAAGGAGACGAUUUGUGAUGACAAGUAUUUGAAUCUUGGGAUGGAAAAUAGUAGUUUAGAAGUGUGUCGGCCUAUUUUGUGUUGCACAUCUCUUUGCUUUUUCAAUCUCAGCCACAGUGUGUGAGACUUUAGUGCAACAUUAGACUCUUUGAGGCAACACAACCCUGCAUGUCAUCCUUCGUUUGUUUCCGUUUUGUCCUGAAUAUUGAGGCUAGAUGUGCGGCCGUGAGAUCACGUGACCUUGUCUGGCUCCCCCCCCCUCCUGUAUGAGCACAGUUUCCAUAGCGUUGCUCUAUUUGUAUGAGCCAACGGUGUCACAGUAUGAACUGUUUGGUGAGGUUUCAGGGGUCGGGGGAGAACUGAACAUGAAUGUUUCCAAAAAGAGAGAGAGAGAGAAAAUACUAAUGCCUGAUAUUGUAUUGUAGCACUUUCUGCUCGAUGAAAUCUUUCCCCUGGUUCCUUUUCUCUCUCUUUCCGUCUUUCUCCUGUCCACAUGAGUUAUUGGACCUAUUGACAUAUCUCUUCUCAUCCUCCCUUUCCUCUGUCGCUCCCGAUGAUAAUGCUAUUUUUAAAAUAAUUAUACAUAUACAGUAUAUUGAAAAGAUUAUUGAAAUUGCGUUUGUUGACAGUGAACAUAAAUAGGGACGGUAUGAAUACAGUUUAUGUCACAGUUUAUUCUUUAACAAUUAUUUAUUAUUAUUACGUCAUUGUUAAUUAGUGAUGUAUAAAAGUACAUUGAACACAUCUGGGUUUGUAUUUAUCAAAUUUUUACAGGUAAGAAGGAUAUUCAGUCAUAAGGUGCCAAGAAUGAGAAUAAUUCUCAGUCGAUCACUCGAUUGAUCACAUGUUUGCGCAAAUUACACACAAUUUUUUUUCUGUUUAUUUUCUUUUAAGCUUUAAUAUCUUUAAAGUAACGACAAUCUAAAGUAUUUAUAUUACUGUGUAUAUAAAUAUUGAUGUAACAAACCAAACCGGAUACAGCAGGAAGCAACUGGGAAAACAUGAAGAUGACCCUAUUCCUGAAUAGGUUUUAUUGCCUGAUAUAUAAAUAAGUCAUACAGACAUCGAGUAUGUACUCGUCACCUCUGGAGGGAUUUAGAGAAAGUGUGUAAGUCAUAUAAAAUAACUCUUUAGGGCUCAAACUUUAAGUGAAAAUAAGUUUGUUAACAUUUUAUUAUCAAAUCAAUAGUUUGACAUUUUAGGAAAAAUGCUUACUUACUUUUUUUGCAGAGGGUUGGAUGAGAAGUUUGACACCGUUCCAAUAUCUUUGAUUAAACAUGAAGCUACAGCGAGAAAAAGUCGGUUUAGCUUAGCAGUUCUGCACAAUAUAUACAAACAUGUAUAUACAGUGAGUACUGUGUGUAUAUACAGUAUAUAUACAGUGAGCUUUAGACAUGCCACAGAUCUGCAUGGAACCAGGUUUGUUGUCUCCCCCUGGUGCUAAACUAAGUUGACUGGGAAAGAAGUAUUUUUUUAGGUUUGUUAGCAGAAGUCAAAGUGAAUUUAUACUUUAAAUCAUCUAAAUUAAGCCCAAUUUUCACCUUAAGCCGUUUGAUAAAUACAGGUCCUGCCCCCCGUAUGAUCGACACGUUGAUAUUUCAGUAUUAGACGAGUAAAUGAAGCACAGUGCUGUUUAGUAUUAUUAUUAUUGUACAGAAGGUUGUGUCAGUGAGCGCGUGUCUGCGGAACAGAGUCAUGCUCAGUUUAUCCUCAGCCUGCGUCUCCCUGUGUGCUUUCUGACACGACUUUUAAUUCUCUUCUCGUUUCCUUUUCAUUUGAGUUUUCCAGCUUGUACAGUCAAUGCGACGGGUUGCUUCAAAGAGCCAAAACCUACUUACCUGUGUACGUGUGGUUCUCUUGGGGUUCAUUAUUCUGAUUAUGUUCAUGGCUGUGUUUGCACAUGCGUUGGUUGUUUCUGACUUCAGUUGUAAUGAAUAAAGAAUCAUUCUGGGUUGUGAACGACA